GAGAGCUUCCGAGAAACCUAUGUAAAGACGAGCAACAAGGAAGUUCUUAAACCAAGUAUUUCUUUAGUCCCCAGAAUAACUGAUCUGGUGGAAAAAUGUCUAAAAACCCGCUUCCAGAUUAUAGCCAGCUGGCAAGAUGGACCGUUAACGAUGUUUGUACAUGGUUAAUGGAGAAUCGUUUUGGGAGUUAUGUUUCACAGUUUCGAGAAUAUGGAAUUGAUGGUGGGAGAUUUGCAAGUUUGAAAGAUGUUGAUUUGUCACAAAUGAGAUGUCCCCUUAGCAAGCGAACUGAUCUAAUAAAGUGCAUUAGAAACAUUCCAAACAGAGAUGUCAACCCUCCAACUUUACAAAAACCAGUGGCAAAUAUAAUUCCUUCCAGAGCACAUCCCCAUCCUCGUAUAGAAGAUAGACAGCCAGCUAGACCUCCACAAAAUGACGUUGAUUCGGAGUCUGAUGAUGACUACGAGGCCUGGGGAGAGUUUGACAAUUUCAACGACGAGUCAUCGGAUGAAGAGGAUUACAUGAACGAACAAGAACAGGAACAUUUUAAGAAACCCUCCAGAGGUCACGUGGAACCCGAAGAGCCGCAGGAGGACUAUGCUAACUAUAACCCCGAUCAAAACGAGGAGGAAAGCAGUGUCAACAAGAACGGUCUUUCUAUUGCUGACUCCUUAAAGCAAGCUCUUCAGCAGAGAAAUAGAGUUAACCAAAGACAAGGUAUUGGUUCCAGUAUGGCAUAUUACUCACAAAAAGCCAAAGUGAAGGUCUUAAAACACAACCCGGUUCAAUUGUGUCUUUGUGAUGCAUGGGUGUUAAUGUCAGAUUUCAGUUUCCAGAAAAUAUAUUCACAUGUAUAUUUACCUAGUUACUUAUCAUUUACAGGUAAUGUCCCAUCCCCACAGCAGCCACCAGUACCAAGGCCUGGUAGACGUGGGAGAGAUCCUAUCCCUGUUCCAGAACCCGAAGACCAGCCAGCUUAUAUAGAAACGGAUGAUCCUUUACUUAAUCAGCCCGAUUAUGAAGUCCCUGAAGAUGUUCCUAAACCACCACCUUCCCGUCCCCCCAUGACGCUUCCUGUCCCUGUUGAGGAUGACCAGCCUACUUACGAGGAUCCUGAUGAAACUGAUCACGCACCUGCACCUCCUCCAUCCAGGGGUGGAAGGAGACCAGCCCCAAAACCCGCGGAACCCAUACCAUCGCCACAAUCAGACUGGCCAGAGGAUUUCUAUGAAGAUCCAGAUCAGAAGACCACUCCAGCCCCAUUACCCGAAAGACCAAAGAAAACAAAACCACCGAUGCCGAAACAAAAAGAUCCUCCACUAAGUAGAACAAUAUCGGAGCCCGACCAACCUGCCCCGCCCCCUCCCCGUCACGGCCACGAAAGAAUUCAUAAACGGGCACCUAUCCCCGAACCGAUCAAUACCCAGGACAGCGAUGAUUCAAGUUCGAACAUGGGAACUGUGAAGAAGAGUGACUAUGAAAAGCCAGAUAAUCGAGGAACUUCCACUGCCAAAAAACCUCUGCCGAAGGCACCAGAAAACGACUAUAUGGCCAUGGCUAAUAAGGCCGUAAAAUGUGAUGAUGAAGAUGAGGAGGACUAUGAACGUCCUGACCCAGCUGACUUACCACAACCGCUUCCCCCGGUACCACGAGAAUCCAGAGCUGUACCGAAACCAAAAGGGCGUGCAGCGUUACCUUCUCCCAGCACAGAAUCUGGCAAAAAACUUCCAGCAGGAGCUGUACCAAUCAUUGGCUUGCAGCCUGAAGUCAAGGAAUCACCAAAAAUGAAGCAUUCGUCAAGAGACGAGACCCCACCGCCAGUUCCAUCAUCCAGGACCCCCCACAGGGGAUCCCAAGAUGAAAAUAUACCACCCUCAAUACCUCCAUCUAAACCACCAGGCAGAACUGCUCAAACUAAAGAUGCCCGGUCUUUACCCCCUACCCCCAACCAACACAGAGGUGUAAACGGAGUCCCCAAUAGUUUUAACAAACCCCAAGGAAGAGGCUCUGUGAUCGACCGACCACCCCCGCCCGUUCCCGGCACUGAUGAGUUUGACAUUUCUCAGCAAUACUGGUACCAGAGUGUGAACAGAACCGAAGCCGACGAGGCUCUGAAGGGUUUUGGAAAGAAUGGGACGUUUUUAAUACGACCCAGUACAAAGGCCGCCCAGCCGUACACCCUUCAAAUCUACAACAAUGGUAAAGUCUAUAACCUUCCUAUACGACAGAGGGACGACUCCACAUACGCUCUGGGCAAGGAGAAGAAGGGGGAACAGACCUUUGAGACGGUAAACGAUUUAGUGGAGUUUUUCCGGAAACAUACAUUAAUUCUAGCGGCCGGGGACUCUGGACAGACUAGAUUAAAGCAUAACUGUCCGAGAAUCUAGUGUUUUAUGACUGAAGACUGUUAUUGUCUUUUCAUUUUUAUCUUUGCCUCAGUCAUUGAUUUUUAAAAACGAUAUGAAUCGUAUCCACUGAAAAAAGGCCAUUCAGACCUUUGUGGUAUAUUGAAAGGGAGAGAAUAUUCUACAUGCAUGUAUAAAGUAUUGAGCAGAUUAAAGGCAUUGUUCUCCACAUCCAGUUGAUCGGUAUUCUACAAUUUAAAAAAAAACAUCGUGUAUUGAAUGACACCACAAUUAUAAUAUUAUUUUUAUAUAUAGCUGUCCAGUGUUACAUGUUCUGGAAGUUGUUAUGGAAAGCAAUCGUCUAUAGCUCGUUUGACUUGAUAACAUUCCCAAGGUUGAUUGCGUCGGCGUGACUGUGUGUGUGAUUGUGUCCGAUUACUGAGUAUUACAUAGAUGACGGAGAGAAAAGUGGCGUUGUGAGGAUCAAGUAAUUGUCUUAUGUAACGUGUAUAUUUUAUUACAUUUGUAUUUAUAUUUCUGUUUAUUCAUGUUUUUUUCUCCUAUUUCAGUGGAACAAAUUGUAAUAAAUGUCAAAUCCACAUUUUACCCCUAAAGUCUGGGGAGGUGUUUUUUUGUGAAUGUGCAUUUGCGUAACAAACGAUUUAUUUUGCUAUGCUUAGUAUAUGAAAAAAAAAUCUGUGCCAAUCUUGUUUGAAGUCAUAAUACAAACACAUUACUUGUUGUAAAUUAAUGUGUUUGUCAAAAUUAUACAGGUACAUGUGCAUUGCAACGCUACCUAACGCCGUAUUAUAUUGUCACGAUUGAUGAUAUUCCAUUCAAAGAAUUUUUCGUUGAUUAAUGUUAUCGUGUGUUAUGGUCAUUUAUUAUUGUCUUAUCGGUCUUCACUGUGUUUUUAUGUAAUCUUUGUUUUUUUUGUUUCAUUUGUUGAUGUUUGCAAAAAAGUAUUUUUUAAAUUCUGACUUGGCAAAUAUAGUUGACAAUUGUGUGUGAUUUUUGUUUAGUAAACGAGAUAGUGAAAGGGGUUAUAAAAAAUUUUCAUCGAUAUUUGAUUAUAUAGUUUAUUUUUAUCAAUAUUUAAAUAAAAAACAAAAUUGCCAAAUUUGAUAGUGAUGGUUUGAUAUAUAUAUUUUAUAAUUUUCAAGAAAUGGGAUUUUUUUUAAAUAAUUGAUGAAUGGCCAUCAAUUUAUAUGUAGUUGGUUUUUUGUUUUUUUUCUUUUUUUUGUGUUUAAUGUUCAGUGAUAGUAAUUAUAUUUAAUAUCAAACUAUGUUAUGUAAAAUUCAAUCUGUUCCUUGUUGUAUACCUUAAUGUCAUCCUUUUACAGAACGGUAUUGAUGAUUAAACGGCAAUUAAUGUAAAAAUUAUGCAAAUGACUUUUAUGAAUUUAUGCUCGUUGAAAAAUCACAACUAAAAUCUUGAUCUAAUUAAUUACUAUCAAAUGAAAAAGAAAUUAAAACAAUGUUUAAGAUUUUGA